AUGUCGAUAUCAGACACAGUCCUACCAAGCAUUGAAGACCCAAAUAUCCUUACAACCUUUCCGAAGCCUGGUCCCAGUCCCAGCGACAGAGAGAUAAUCCAAAGUCCCGAGAUCAUUGAUAUCGAGAAACUGCUUGACAUCCGGGCGAAACGAAUACGCGAGUCCACGAAACGCACUAGCAAGCGGCUUACUAGUCGUUCUGGCUGGUUCUGUCGAAAGCAAGGCCUGAGGAACCUCUUUAAAGAUAUCCGUCUCAGCAAUACCCAGGAGACGACCAACAAGGAUUUCCGUCUCUGUCGAAACACCAGCCAGUGUCCCGAUGGCCAACACACAUUGGACUGGUCCGAGAAGAGGGGCAGCGACAUUAUGAUUGUUAGUCGUCUUUCUCGCAAUAUGUGCAAGCAUGGAGGUCAAAACAGACUCAAGCUCUGGACCAGGUUUCACAAAGAUAUACGGGACGUUAUCAACCAGCGAAUUCAAGAGAUCGAGAACGCUAAUGGGGAACUUGCGAGGGCUUUCUACAUCAUCCAGGUCAUAAGUACACCCCAAGAGUUAGCCUGGCACUUCAUUCGCAAGCAUCCCUGGUAA